AUGGCAAAAAGAAAGUCAAAACACGACCCCGAAGACCUCCCCGAUGCAUCUGAUGCCGGGAAAAACAACCAUGCCGACGACUCUGGCAGCGACGAGGACAUGGACAUGGUCAACGUCGACUUUGAAUGGUUCGACCCUCAACCCGCCGUAGACUUCCACGGCAUAAAAACGCUCCUCCGCCAACUCCUAGACAUCGACUCGCAACUCUUCAACCUCUCUGAACUCACCGACCUCAUACUCGCCCAACCACUACUGGGCAGCACCGUCAAAGUCGACGGCAAUGAAACCGACCCCUACGCCUUCCUCACCGUCCUCAAUUUAACCACACACAAGGACAAACAAGUCAUCAAAGACCUAACCGCCUACCUGGCCCGUAAAUCCAACCCCUCGCUCCCCGACCUCGCCCCGCUCCUCGCCUCCGCAAGCGCUCAAAUCGGCCUCAUCCUAACCGAGCGCUUCAUCAACAUGCCCCAUGAAAUCGUGCCCCCAAUGUAUACGAUGCUGCUCGAGGAAAUCCAAUGGGCGCUGCAGGAAAAAGAACCCUAUGCUUUCACCCACUACCUCGUGCUGAGUAAAUGCUACACCGAGGUCGCCAGCACGCUCACCACGCCCUCUGCGUCCACGGCGGGCGGCGCCGGCGCGGCCAACCCGAGCAAGAAGUCGCGCAAGGAUCGGUCGGAGGCGACGUUUUACUUUCACCCAGAGGAUGAGGUGUGGCAUAAGUAUGCGCUGGGGUGGGGGGACUACGAGUAUGAUACCCCGGUGGACGAGGGUGCGAGUGAUAGUAAGCGCGCGUUUUCCGAGUUGGGGGUCAGGCCGAGGGGGCAUUUGGUAUUGGUGGAGGCCGGGCGGUUUGAGGAGGGGGUGAAGGGUGUGCAGGGAUUUUUGGGAGGACAGCAGUAG